UGUUUACGGUAAUACAACAAGUGACGCUGCUACGGUCACCUCGUUGUGGAUUCCAGUACGUCCCUAAAUGGCAGAAAUAACGUUGAACUAACAGCACUGCUUACGUUGAUUAAAACAUUCCCAACUUGUGUUAAAAUCAUGUCGCGGAAGGUGUUGAAAUAUGUUAGUUAAAAAAAGAUUCAUUAGUUGUAAUGCGACUAGAGCAGAGAGGUAGGAAGACAGCCCGAGCUGACCACUGGUGGUAAAAACGAGCGACCCUCCCCCUACGUUACCGUCCGCGGAAGACAUUUAGCAUUUUUACAGCACGAAUAGGCUACACACAGCCCUCUGAACAGCAGUUUGCAUAUAUUUAACCUGAAAGUGAGUGAUUUACAGACGCGUACAGGUGAAUAUAUUUAUUUUGCUUUUUAAUAAAGAGAUUGAGCUCGGCGUCAACAUGGAGGACUGCGGUUUCCAGAGCCAGCUACUGUCCGUCAUGGAGGUCCUGGCCAAGGCAGCUGUGGCGGAGAUAACCCGGCGCGUGGAUGACAGCUGCGCGGUGCUCCGGCUGGAGGUGAGCCAGAGCCGGCGGGACAUCGAGCUGCUGAAGCGGAAGAGUGAGGCUAUGGAGGCAGAGCUGAGGAGGAGCAGAAUAAGAGCCAGGAGGAAAGCGUUUUAUCCUCCAGCAGCAGAGAGAUUCUCUCCUUUCGUCCGAGUGGUGUUGAACAGAGGGAGACAGAGCACGUGUUGGAAUGCUGAGGCUCAUUCUCAACCCCAGCAGUGUGCAGACGUGGGACGUCCUGAUGAAGCUGGACCCAUCCUGAUCAAAGAGGAGGGUGCAGAGGACGACCUGUGGACGAACGAGUCGGAGGACAAACUCGUCGGGGAAGCCGAGCAGAUGCCACGUAUGGAAGCCUCCCAACCUGCCCAGACUGACAUCUUUGUAGGGCCUUACCCCCCAGCUGAGAACGCCGACGAGCCUGGAUCUCUGGUUUCUCCAACAGACGGCACGUUCCCCGAGCAGCAGCCGAACAGACACCAAACUGCCGCAGAGCUCGUGGUGAAACACGAGAGAGACAGAGAGCCCGACGAGAAGGCAGCUCUUGAUUCAGCCCACAGGUUUGUGACCAAGGACGGAGACGGACAGCUGUGGUCGUCCAAUCAGUUUAUAGACGCUGAUGAGCCAAGCUUCCCGUACGCUAAGCCACAGAUUGAGCCACCUCCCUUUGCGGCCCCGCCUCAAAGCGGACUGCAUUUGGAAGACACGUGGCCCCAGAUUCCCUUGAUAGGGAAAUCCCACUCAGUUGUGGUAAGUUCAGCGCGCAUGAAAAGACGAGCCAGAACGUUUGGAUGUAAGAGGCCGCAGCCAGAUGAAGGACAGGGUGCUUUAACACAGAUCAACGCCAUGGAGCGAUGCUCGGUUCUUCCACCCCCACAGCAUCAUCAGUACCCAGAGUCUCCUCAACAGAGGAACCCAAACCAGGAUUUGACGCUGGCGCCGCCGCCAAACCUAGCCAUGAGCGUUUCUUCUUUCUGCGGGCACAGCCGUAGCGGACUUGGCCUGGCGAGGAGGACAAGGACGCCCUGGAGGUCCGGCAUUGGCGAGAAGAGGUUCAGUUGCACGUACUGCGACAAAAGCUUCAUGAGGUUCAGUCAGCUCAAGGAGCACCUGCGGAGCCACACGGGGGAGAAGCCAUUCAGCUGCCUGCAGUGCGGCCGCAGCUUCACCAAACAGUGCAACCUGAUCCGACACGCGGUGGUGCACAGCGGAGAGAAGCCCUACGCGUGCUCAAUGUGCGGCAAGUGCUUCACCCAGCGCUCCAGCCUCAAGUCCCAUCAGAAGACAGCACACUGACUUCACAGGAGUUUAGGGCCGAUUUGUGCAUCUGCGUUAGAG